AUGACUUACCACCUCCACUCUCGAUUUUGGGGCUCUCACUAUGGCAUGUCGGAGAGGGAUUGGGGGCCCAAAUGCAAGCACGGUGUCUGGCCGGCUCAGCAAGGUGGCCCUCCCCCGGGUGGCGGCACGCCCUGGCACCUUCGAAACGUCCUCAGCGACUCAGUGGAGAGCUCAGACGAUGAAUUCUUUGAUGCCAGAGAGGAGGUGGCUGAAGGGAAGAACGCCAUCCUCAUCGGGAUGAGCCAGUGGAAUUCCAACGACCUGGCGGAGCAGAUGGAGACCAUGGGGAAGCUGGAGGAGCAUCAGGGAGACGGGAGCACCCUGUGCACCUCCAGCGCCCUCCAGGAGAAGCAGCGAGAACUGUAUCGGGUCUCCUUGAGAAGACAGAGGUUCCCAGCCCAGGGAAGCAUCGAGAUCCACGAAGACAACGAGGAAGGCUGCCCACAGCGCUCCUGCAAGACGCACGUCCUCCUGCUGGUGCUGCAUGGCGGGAACAUCCUGGACACGGGCGUGGGGGACCCGUCCUGCAAGGCGGCCGACAUCCACACUUUCAGCUCUGUGCUGGAGAAGGUCACGCGUGCCCACUUCCCGGCGGCCCUGGGACACAUCCUCAUCAAGUUCGUGCCCUGCCCGGCUGUCUGCUCGGACGCCUCCUCACUCGUCUCUCACCUGAACCCCUACAGCCAUGAUGAGGGCUGCCUCGGCAACAGCCAGGACCACGUCCCUCUGGCCGUCCUGCCCCUGCUGGCCAUCUCCUCCCCACACUACCAGGACGCGGUGGCCACCGUCAUCGAGCGGGCCAACCAGGUCUACGCGGAGUUCCUCAAGUCCCCUGAUGGGAUCGGCUUCAGUGGGCAGGUGUGUCUCAUCGGGGACUGUGUGGGGGGCCUCCUGGCCUUUGACGCCAUCUGCUACAGUGUGGGGCCCUCGGGGGAGAGCCCGGGCAGCAGCAGCCGGAAGGGGAGUGUCAGCAGCACGCAGGACAGCCCCGUUGUGGCGGACGAGGCGUGCGGUCUGGCCAGCAGCAAGCGUCUCAGCAAGAGCAGCAUCGAUGUGUCCAGCGUGCCGGAGGAUGAGGAGCCCCAGCGGCCGUUGCCACGGAAACAGAGCGACUCCUCCACCUACGACUGUGAGGCCAUCACCCAGCAUCACGCCUUCCUGUCGAGCAUCCACUCCAGCGUGCUGAAGGAUGAGGCCGAGCCCCCUGCGGCCGGGGGUUCCCAGCCGCCCGAGGUCAGCCUGGGUCGCUUGGACUUCGACGUGUCUGACUUCUUCCUCUUCGGCUCGCCCCUGGGCCUGGUUCUGGCCAUGCGGAGGACGGUGCUGCCCGGGCUGGAUGGCUUCCAGGUACGUCCCGCCUGCGGCCAGGUAUACAGCUUCUUCCACUGUGCGGACCCCUCGGCUUCACGGCUGGAGCCCCUGCUGGAGCCCAAGUUCCACCUGGUGCCGCCUGUCAGCGUGCCCCGCUACCAGAGGUUCCCGCUGGGCGAUGGACAGUCCCUGCUCCUGGCUGAUGCUCUACACGCCCACAGCUCCCUCUUCCUGGAGGGCAGCUCGCGGGACAGCCCACCGCUUCCGGACGCCCCCGCCUCAUCUCCCCAGGCCCUGCGGGCCCAGCACCCAGGACGGAGGAUGAGCCAGGACAGCUCCCAUAGCGAGAGCUCGGGGUCCUCGGACAGCCUGGCCCCCGUGGGCGCCUCCCACAUCACGGCCAAGUGGUGGGGCACCAAGCGCAUCGAUUAUGCCCUCUACUGUCCCGAUGUCCUCACGGCCUUCCCCACGGCGGCCCUGCCUCACCUCUUCCACGCCAGCUACUGGGAGUCCACAGAUGUGGUGGCCUUCAUCCUGAGACAGGUGAUGCGCUACGAGAGUGUGACCGUCAAGGAGAGCAUGGGCCUGGAUCCCGCGGCACUGAGCCCCACCAGCCCCCGGGAGAAGUGGCUCCGUAAGAGGACCCAGGUCAAGCUGCGGAACGUGACUGCGAACCACCGGGCCAACGAUGUGAUCGCGGCCGAAGACGGCCCCCAGGUCCUGGUGGGGCGCUUCAUGUACGGGCCCCUCGACAUGGUGGCCCUGACCGGGGAGAAGGUGGACAUCCUGGUGAUGGCAGAGCCGUCCUCGGGCCGCUGGGUGCACCUGGACACGGAGAUCACCAACAGUAGUGGCCGGAUCACAUACAGCGUGCCGCGGCCCCGGCGCCUGGGGGUUGGCGUCUACCCGGUGAAGAUGGUGGUCAGGGGUGACCAGACCUUUGCGAUGAGCUACCUCACGGUGCUGCCCCGGGGCAUGGAGUGCGUGGUGUUCAGCAUCGACGGGUCCUUCGCCGCCAGCGUGUCCAUCAUGGGAAGUGACCCCAAGGUUCGGCCAGGGGCAGUGGAUGUUGUCCGACACUGGCAGGACCUGGGCUACCUGAUCCUGUACAUCACGGGCCGGCCGGACAUGCAGAAACAGCGGGUGGUGUCCUGGCUGUCUCAGCACAACUUCCCCCAGGGCAUGAUCUUCUUCUCGGACGGGCUGGUGCAUGACCCGCUGCGGCAGAAGGCCAUCUUCCUCCGCAACCUCGUGCAGGAGUGCUUCAUCAGAAUCAGUGCAGCCUACGGUUCCACGAAGGACAUCUCUGUCUACAGCGUGCUGGGGCUGCCGCCCUCCCAGAUCUUCAUUGUGGGCCGGCCCGCCAAGAAGUACCAAACCCAGUGCCAGUUCCUGAGCGAGGGCUACGCAGCCCACCUGGCGGCGCUGGAGGCCGGCCACCGCUCGCGCCCCAAGAAGAACAACUCACGCAUGGUCCUGCGCAAGGGCAGCUUCGGGUUGCACGCCCAGCCCGAGUUCCUGCGGAAGCGUAACCACCUGCGCAGGACCAUGUCCGUGCAGCAGCCCGACCCACCCGCCAACCCCAAGCCCGAGCGGGCGCAGAGCCAGCCCGAGUCCGACAAGGACCACGAGCGGCCCCUGGCCGCGCUCAGCUGGGCGCGCGGGCCCCCCAAGUUCGAGUCAGUGCCCUGAGGGCCGGGCUGUGCGCAGAGCAGGGGGGCCCUGCCUGUGGGCCGGGGGGGCUGCUUCUCCCCGAGAUAGGACUUUUCCUGCUUUUUCCCUCCCGUGUCUGUCCAGCAGUGUCCGACCAGAGCGGGGAGGGACCCAGCCGCGCCCCGGGGGGAGAGCCCAGGGUCUGUGUGCAGCCGCGGCUGCCUCCCCGUGUGGGGCCCGUGACCGCAAGCCCGGGUCGGCGCCGGUGCGUGUGCGACGCC